GUUAAACUCACCGACGCGCACACUCGCAUUUCCUUCAUUCAUUUCUUUAAUUCUCCUUCACGCCCAAAUUCCACACGCCAUGCACGAUUCUCAAUCAAAUCCUCCAUGAGAGUCAGAGCUCCUUCCUUCUCAACGCCUUCCUCCUCCGCCAGACUCGCCGGAGAACCUCCGCGAAACGCCUCUCCAUCACCACCCCCAAUGCGACCUCCCAGCUUUCAUGGUAUGUCCCGUCUGUAUUCCGUGACUCCUGAGAUCUGUAGUGCCGGUAAAGCUUUUCGUGCGAAUCUGGCUUCUGGGUUUUGCGUUUUGAGUUGAAUCUAGCUCUGUUUGAUCUUUAAUUGCCAUCAUAUAUAUAUACAUAUUAUAUGUAUUGUAAUUCUGUUGAAUUGGUGUUGUGAGUGAUUGAUUUGGAGGAAAAAAAAAUGGAAGCUGAAAGUUCACCAAGAAUGAGAUUGGAUCACUCGAAAAAAGAGGGAUCCGAAGAACCCCAUUUGCGUAGAUUUGAGUUAGAUCUCUCUGGUAACGAUCAUAGAUUUCAUUCGAUGAGUGCUCUGGAGAUUUUGAGGGAAACUGUUAGAAUUCUCCGGUACAAUUCGUGGGGGUUUUUGGCGAUUGCCAUGUUGCUAAUCUGCCCAAUUUCCGCUGUGCUUUUGUCGAAUUUGCUAGUUGAUCAGUCACUUGUAAAGAGACUAACCAUUAGGAUGCUGUUAAUUGCAAAGUCCAGUGGGCUCCCUUUGAGGGAUUUUAUCAGUCACUCUUGCCAGAAGUUUGCUGAGAUGGCUAUCUCGUGUACAAUGUGCUUUCCCUUGUACAUCACAUUGUCAUUGUUGUCGAAGGCCGCGGUGGUUUACUCCGUGUAUUGUAGUUACUCCCUGAAGAAGUUUGAUGCAUCCCAGUUUUACUUUGUUAUGUGCAAGAUAUGGAGGCGGGUUGUUUCAACUUAUAUAUGGAUGUGUAUGGUGGUUGCUGGUAGCGUCGUCUUGUUUUUGGUCCUUCUUCUUGCUGUGUGCAAUGCAUGUUCGAUAGUGGGAUUGUCACCGAAUUAUAUUGUGUAUGCUGCAAUGGUGGUUGGGCUCCCCUUCUCGGUCGUUUUUGCCAAUGCCAUUAUUAUUUGCAACAUUGCUAUUGUGAUCUCUGUGUUGGAGGAUGUCUCUGGACCAGAGGCAUUGGUUCAGUCUGGGGUUUUGAUCAAGGGACAAACUCAGGUGGGGCUUCUGAUAUUUCUUGGAUCGAGUAUUGGAAUGGCGUUUGUUGAGGGAUUGUUUGAGCAUAGGGUGAAGACUUUGAGCUACGGAGACGGGUCUUCACGCAUUUGGGAAGGGCCUCUUUUGGUGAUCAUGUAUUCGUUUGUGGUGCUUAUCGACUCCAUGAACAGUGCAGUUUUCUACUUCAGUUGCAGAUCUUUGAAGAUGGAAACAUCUUUGGAUGGUGAAUCUCAUUCGAUUUUGGAAACAAUAACCUUUUCUACUGAAUCAGUUGGCAUUCAAUGACACCAUCAACAUAACUUUUUGAUACAAUUAUUUUGAAGAUGGGAGCUGCUGCAUGAAAACUUAGGAUUUCGUUGCCAUUUGUGGUCACCGGCUGUUAAAUGCCGCAAACUUGUGCAUUGGUAGACCUUCCGAGCAAGGGUUCACGGCCGGAUGUAACCUCAAGUGCCUUCAGCUGGUUAGUAUUUACUUCAUUUGAUUGCAAAAAUUGACUAGUUGAGGGAGCUAGGAGAAUGAAGAAUGAGGAAAAGAAUUCUCAAGGCCACAAAGGAAGUGAUGGGAAGUGUUAUUUUCUUCAAGAAUAAAUUAUCCGUAGUUCAAUUCAUAUUUAUUUUUGUUUUCCGAUACAUUAUGCCAAAUUAGUGUUAGUGUAAUUCAUACAGGUAAGUUACUUUAAGCUUAUCCAAAUUUACACCAUAAAAUCAAAUGGUAAUACGGAGAAAAUCUCAACUUA